GAAUAGAAUAGGGAGUGGUGCACCUGCGUUUGUAUUAAGCUCACGUGAUUCACCAGGAAUUUGCUUGACAUUUUCUUCUCGCGGCUGAAAACACAAGGAGACCAUUACAAUGUCUGCACCUCCAAAUCCCGGUUUGGCCUUCUCAGUUCCCAAGAUAUCUUUGCCUACAGGAUUUGACGUUUUGAGAACGUACUCAGGAGCGUUCGUCUGCUUGGAGAUACUUUUUGGCGGUCUAGUAUGGAUUUUGGUAGCUGCUUCAAAUGUCCCAGUACCCCUCCUGCAGGGUUGGGUGAUGUUUGUAUCAGUUACCAUGUUUAUCUUUUCAACAGUGUACCUAGUUUUUUUUCUAUGCGGCUUUGCCAAUAGAAUAAACACGGAUUGGAAUUUCUUGGACUUUACUUACCAUUUUAUUGCCUUACUGUUCUACUUUGGAGCCUCCCUACUUGAAGCUGCAACAACAGCCGCGGCUGGUGUUUUAGUACCAGGGAUCUCCAACUCCACCUCCAGCUCCAGCUCCACCUUCACCAGUGGAGCAUGUACUCUAGUGCUGCCAGAAGGGAAUGUUGUCACCUUCUUAGAUUAUCGUCAGUAUAGCAUAAACGUUGCAGCUAGUAUAUUGUCAUUUACGGUGACAGCAUGUUAUGCCUGCAGUAUGUUGCUGGGAUUCAGAAGAUGGAGAGGGUAGUACUGCAUGACUCUUGCUGCACAUAUUCUAUACAAAACCAGUAUAGCUGGGAAACUAUGCAAUGAACAAAGCAUCUGGAUACAGAGUAUUGAACUCUUUUUUUUCUUCUUUCCUUUUUUUACCGUUCAAAGCCUAUCCGUGUCAUCUUACAUAUUUAACAGGAAUAACCAGGAACAAGACAGCUUACUCAAAAUAAUGUACCGUAAAAAUCGUUUUAUAGGUCGCACUGGCGUAAAAGUCACUCCCCCAUUUUGAAGACUUCAUUAUAGGGAAAACUUUUUUGUGUUUAAAAUACUUUUUUUACAGUUUAUUUUUUCCUACAUGCUCACGACAAAUAAAGAAAGAUACACAGGUUUAGUUUCGAAAUAAUUCUUGUUUGCAACAAUUUAUACCAUUAAUAAUUUAACAGUGUUAUUUUUCGUUUUUAGUUAAACUGCUGGAAAGUAUUAUUUUUCAAAAUUCAAAAAGUAAUAAUUAACAGAGCGUAAAAUCAAGUUAUACAUCACACAUCACAUCUGUAUUAACCCUUUGAGUAGUACAAACGUACCGGUACAUUCACUGCUCUCUGGUCCCCAGGGAGUACGAACGUACUGCUACGUUCUGCAACUUUAAACUUGAAUUACUGAGCCUACAAAUCCCCUGAUCACAUAAUAUUGUAACACUAGGUUUCUGUAACACCUUUUAUUGGUCUCUUGCACCCUCUGCCAGAUAUUGACGGAAUUUCAUAUAAAUAUCCCAGUCACAAAAAUGUUAACUGUUUGUAAACCGGCGAAAAUCGCUCAGUGAGAAAGAAGUAUUAGUAAUAAUACUGAAUUCAGAUUCCAAUUUAAAUUCAAAUACGUACAAUUCUUCCACUGAAUCGGAUGUCAGCGAGUGUGUCAGUGAAGACAUAAGCAAAGAAUAUUUAUCAUCAACAUCAAGUGACAGCAAAGAGGCGGCACCAAGCUCUAUGCGUUGUUCCAUGCUUCAGGAGUAUCAUAUGCUGAAGCAUUAGACACUCUCACUCCCUCCGCCCCCACAACCUGUUUACCCAGAUAUGAUUUAUUCAUGUCUCUCUGUCUCGCCCUUUUUUUUGUUAAGUGUUGUGGUUGUUCCACCCCGUUGUUUAUUGUUUAUUGCCUACAUGUUAUUUUUUAGUCAAAACCUUUCCCUAUGACUAAAUAAAAAAUAUGUAUUUAUUUACGGUAAAAAUUAUUUGUCUGUAUUUUGUAUUUGUCUGUAUUUCGUCAGUGUUCAUUACAUACAUACAAACAUAUAGCUUUCAGCUUGUUUGUACGCUGUACUCGUAAUAAUCAAGCGCAGAAAAAAAAAAAAACUCACUCCCAUAGGACCAGCAGUGCAUUUUAGAAUUCACUACUCAAAGGGUUAAACUACCGGUAUUUUAUUUUAGCUUGUCAAGUACCCAAACAAGUUCAAGAACAUAUCUUCUUUGCUUUACUGAAUAUUUCUUUCCAAAACCAUACUUAUAUUUCCCGCUGCAUUGGCUUUUACAAAUUUGUUGUAUUAAUUCAAAUUUAAAAGAAAAGUAUUAAAUAGUGCUGCUUCAUCAAUUAAAAAGAAAAAUAAAUAAAUAAACUAAACAGUGCUCCAUCUAAUAACCAGCAAAAAAACAUCUUAGUGUUGCAUACGGUGCAGUACAAUUGCAUUCAAUUUCCAGCUGUACAAAUACAUUUGUUUUCUUAAUCAGAACCAUAACCAUACACAUGCUUUACAAGUGUACCACUGUGUUGCACUGACAUGUAGAACAAGUUACAGUAUGUAUUAAAGUCAUUCAAAGUACUACAUUCAAACAAAAUGUUUUCUACAUCGGGUCAUAAACACUUUCCUCUAUCAGCUCGUUUUUCUUUCGCCAUUUUAAGUUGGUCUUUGUUUCGUCUCCAGUCACAUACUGUUUUUUCAGCAUUGUGAUUAACAUGUAUUUCAGCAAAUUCAACAACACGCAAUUUCAAACCUGUUGAGUAGCAUUUUCUUUUUUUUCUUAUUUUCCUACUUUAUCCGGUCUCAAAGUCACCUGUAGCAUUGCAGUUACAACUAAGGGAAGACUUGAAAAGUUUACUACUCAGCUUUCUAACCAAUAGCCGUUUGGUACGGAUCCCAGGGGCGGGUUCAGUUUGAAAGUUGACAAAUCAAUGGCUCGGGAGGGUGGGAAUAAGGAAAUUCAUACAGACUGACAGCUAUUGUGUUAUUUCUUAGCAGAUGCCUUUAUCCCGGACGACUUACAAUUGUUACAAGAUAUCACAUUAUUUUUUACAUACAAUUACAUUAUUUUUUUACACAUUAUUUUUACAUACAAUUACCCAUUUAUACAGUUGGGUUUUUACUGGAGCAAUCUAGGUAAAGUACCUUGCUCAAGGAUGUUUUCGAGAGGAGGUCAGUCAAGAGUCUGAAAGCUUGCGUUUAACAUUUUGUGUUUCUGCCUAGCAACAUGACCUGAAUGCUGUAGAUUCUGAACAAAUAAAUUGGGUUGUUGACAGUUAAGUUUGUGUGAGCCAUAACCGUGGCUGUAGUAAUCCCAUUGUGGCACUGGUACAGUAGUUUAAUAUUAGACACACCGGCGCAUACAUCGUACCAGUGUAUUAGUCGCCCCCCCCCCCCCCCCUUUUAAGGGCCCCGCAAAAAUGCCUAGAAAAUCGACUUAUUCAACGUUUUUUACGGUAACUACUGUUCCUGUUUUGUGUGUUACAUUUUUUUUUUUUUUUUUUUUUUUUAGAGUAUCUGCUUGUUUUUCAAUUGUGUAAAUAAUGAAAAAAACUGUCUAAAAUGAACAAUCUUUUCUUCAUAAUCUUUUUGGAAGUCAUUUUGACACAAUACAUACUUUAUUAUUUAAAGGUAUUGGUGUCUUAAAAUAAUUUAAAAAAUCUUUAAAUUGUAUUAAGUUUAACUUUCAGAUAUGUUGAAAUAAUGAUGUGCAUUCUAAAAUAAACCUUUAAGAACAAUCUAGCGAUCACUAAACUAAAGAUGUGUGACUGAUUAGGCAAAAUUUCUACCUUCCCUAGCUUCUCUUCGACAUUAAAACCUAUUGAUAACUUAAACCACUGUACACAUACAGCUAUGGCCAAAAAGUUUUGCAUCACCCUAUAGAAUUAACUAAUUUUGCUUCAUAAAUUGGAAUGAAAUCUGCUGAAUAAUGUUAUGUUAACAUAUGGAAUUACAUACAUAUUUGUAGUUUUUCCAUAUACUUAAUGAAAAACUGACAAAUUAAGAAAUUUGACAUUUUGAAAUCUAAGUGAAAUAAUACUAUGAAGGCUUCCGGUAGACUUUUGUGAUAUCAUUUUGUAGUUUCUUUGAUUACAUGAUGUUAAAUAAAAGAUCAAACGUAUGUUAUGGCCAUAGCUGUAUGUAAGAAUUCAUCAUCCACAAACACUCAAACAAUCUGAGGUAAAACUUAAAGAAGGCAUUGGACAAACUAGUGCUGUAGAAGCUUCUGGCACUGCAUUGUGAUUAUGGUGCAGGACCAUAAUGGGUGUCCAAGGCAGCACUGAUUUGAUGUUACAAGCUAAUCUACAAGGUAUUUUAAAUGUUCCAGAACAAUACAUAACUAUUACUCAGUGGUUACUGCUUUUAAUUCUCAAGAUUAUUAAAUGCAAACAAACAUUCUUAUACUAUUGCAUUCCGGAUGAUUUUGAAUUGUAAAGUUUCUUUCAAUUACUUGUCCGUUCAGCAGAGCUCUUGAAAGCAAGAUCAGAGUAUUCCAGAUCACAAGUAAAUCCAAACACAUGCUAUUGUCUGUAGAACAGUAAUUGACUUUAUAUAACCAGUAGAUGGCAACCAUGUCUUAAAAUAGCAAGUUUUUAGGUAAAGGUAUGAAAACCUUAAAAAAUGUAUAUACAGCUAGCACAUCAAUGUCAAUAUUAAAUGUACAGUAGUUAUCUGAUAUUUAAAGCAUAAUGCAGGUUUUCUAAUGGGUCACAAAUGCUAUUUUUUUCUGAUUAUGAUUAAUAUAAAAAUGAAGGCUUCUCUAUUUCUUGUAAAACACAUGAGACUGAUCCCUCUAUUGCUUGUAAUACACUAUGAGAAUGAUCCAUCUCUAUUGCUUGUUAAAUACUUGGUUCUGUUUUGAGCUCUAUGUGCUCACCAACCUGCCCUGUGAAUGACAUUUACUUGCCAUUCUUUCUGCAGACCUGAUUGAACCCGCUUGUAGAGGGAGCAGGCGGCAGUCAUUGCUACAGGGUGCUUAUUGCAAAUGGUGUACACUAUGGGGUUUGUGGCAGUGAAAGCAAAUCUGUAAUGUUUGACCGUUGGUUCUACAGAAUGAAAUACACCUCUAAUAUAUAGAAACCAGAGGUGGAGGACUCGUGAGUCCGACUCGAGUCACAUUUAUUUUUGACUCGGACUCCAGACUCAGAAGGGGGGGACUCGGACUCGACUUAACUCUUUGACCUUGUGACUCGACUUGAGCAUCAAGUGCCCCAGAACGAGUAUUUAGUCAUGGAGGAAUAUACAUGCGACCACAUCGAGCAUGUUUAAGUGACAGCAUUCUCAGUGCACUUGUCUUUUUAAAGUGCAAUAAGCAUAAACCUUCACUUAAGUAAUUUCAGCAUAAACCUGACUUAAGUAAUUAGACAGUCAGCACAGAAUCUGUAUUAAGGAAAAAUGAGUUUACUCAGUGAUGAGUAUAGUAUGUUCUUUGAUGUAUUGGGUAAUUCCUUUGUUUAUAUAUGCCAUGGCUGAAUAAAACUAUGUUUAAAA